AUGAGCGGCCACGCAGUGGAGAGCGUGAACCACCUCACGGAUUCGGGCGUGGCGGCCGCGAAGGAGAGGGCGGAGGUCGAGCCCACCCUGAAGGAGCUCGAUGCGUCGCAGUUGACGGUUACGAAGACGACGGCGCCGAGGGAGGUGCCGGAGGUUAACUCGGACGCGGUGUGGGGUAUGAAGACGUGUACGGAUCAUAUGUUGAUGGUCACGUGGACAUCUGAUGCUGGCUGGCAUGCUCCGGAGAUCAAGCAGUACGGGCCGCUGACCAUGUCGCCUAUUGCGUCGUGUCUCCAUUACGCUACCCAGUGCUUCGAAGGCAUGAAGGUGUAUCGUGGCUACGACGGCAAGCUGCGAAUCUUCCGACCCGACAAGAACUGUGCCAGGCUGGUGAUGAGCAGUGGCCGCGUAGCUCUACCCCCUUUCGACCCUCGAGAGCUGGAGAAGCUGUUGAAGGCUUUCUUGAAGGUGGAUGGUCCUAAAUGGCUGCCCAAGAGCCGACCUGGGAAUUUCCUCUACAUCCGCCCAGCCAUGAUUGGUAAUGGUCCAGAGAUCAACCCUACGGCGCCGUCAGAGUGUCUCCUGUUUAUCGUGGCCGUGGCUUGGCCUGACUUCUCGGCGACCCGGCCUGGGGCAGUGGAGAAGCCGCCUGGGCUGAAGCUGCUCGCUUCGAAGAGUGAUGUGAGGGCGUGGCCUGGUGGCUUCGGGUAUGCGAAAGUCGGUGCUAACUAUGGACCGGCGUUCGUAAGCCAUAUGGAGGGCAAGAAGAUGGGGUACGAUCAGAUCUUGUGGUUGCUCGGGUCUGACUUCCAGGUCACUGAAGCUGGGGCAAGUAACUUCUUCGUUGUUUGGAAGACCAAGGAAGGCAAGCUGCAGCUCGUAACGGCGCCCUUGGACAGCAAGAUCAUUCUAGAUGGAGUAACGAGGCGAAGUGUCCUCGAACUUGCCAGAGACAGGCUUGCAAGCGGGUCGAAGCACCUCACCCAAAAUCUCCGAGAACUAGAGGUUGUCGAGAGAACUUUCACAAUGAUCGAAUUGGUAGAAGCCUGGAAGGAAGGACGGCUGGUCGAGGCCUUCGUCUCCGGAACUGCUUAUUUUAUUGCCCCCGUUUCGGCGAUCAAUUUCAGGGAGCAAGAACUUGAUGUCAAGAUGGGUGAUGGUGCGAGUGGGUAUUAUGCUGCUGUAUUGAAAAAAUGGCUUUACGAUAUCACGUAUGGCAACGAAGAUCACGAGUGGGGAGUUGUGGUUGAUGAAGAGUAG